UUUUUACUUAUUCCUAGGAAUGGACGACAAAAAAUUAUAGUACAAAGAAAGUGCUGCGAAACAUAGAGAUGUCAUUUGCCAGAUUUACAAAGCAUGACACCAUAGCAGUAUGCCUGGCUAUAUUCCUUCCGUUGACUGCCAUAGUACUUACAAUGGUGUCAAUUCUACCAGCAUUAGGGGCUCCACCGUUGCCUGACUUCUCAAAUCCUGUCAAGGGCUUUGAGCCAAGAGGCACAGUUUUAAGUGAUCAGAUUGUGACCCUGGGAAACUACAAUCGGGCACUCCACUCUCGCACUCUUUUUACGCAGAUAUCCAACACCUCACAACUCUACAACGAGGCCAACAGAUCGGCGCAACAGACUCCUAGUACUCCAAUCCCUCCCCUUCCUAGAAUCGACGAUGACGUAAUAUUUGUUUUUGAGGCUACUGAUUCCAGUCAGAGCAUGUUUGAAGCAACUAAACUGAAGGCCACCUGUUCCAUUGAGAAUGAAAUUCUAAGUUCUAGUUCCCAUUUCUCUCAAUACUGCUCACGUAUUCGUGAUACAGAAUCUGGUAAAACACGAUGUUCCCCAAAUCCGUCUCUUGGAAAUUACGUAGCCCUACUGAAUAACCGCACAACAUGUCGAGACAUAACUGAUCAGGAUGUUUCAUACGUCAAGAAUUUGUUACUUCACUGCCACCCUUACUUUGUGAAACAAACUUUAAAGGAGGACUGUGCCACUUCCAACUGUGAGGGCGUCCCGGCUAAUUGCACUAAAUACAACGCUGUGUAUAACAUUUUCCAGUUUCUAACAGACAAUGAGAUGAGUCCAUCCAAUGGCAUGUUUCUGAAAUAUACUACAUCAUUCCCAGCAUUGUACUCAUAUGACUAUGAUAGUUUAUACAAAGAACAUUUAAAAGAUGGAAUUCCCGAAAAAGAAGGGGUAAAAUUAGCAUCUUUCAAGUUCUCCAGCUAUAAGUUAGACCAAUUCAGUGAGAAGCUUCUUGCUGAAGUCAUAUUUCCUGCUCUUGCUAUGAUUUUUGUUUUUCUUAUUAUGUGGUUUUUCUUGGGUUCUUUCAUUCUCACUUUCACUGGCCUUUUUUGCAUUAUUUAUGCAAUUGGUCUUUCAUAUUUUCUUUACACAAUGGUCUUCAAAAUAGACUUCUUUCCAUUUCUGAACGUUACCACGCUGGUGUUUUUGGUGGGCAUUGGAGCAGAUGAUGCUUUUGUGUACUACGACAUAUGGAGACAGACACUUGCUGCUAACCCUUGUGCAAACAUCAUGCAGCUGACAUUGAAGACCUUGCGUUAUGCUGCCCUCUCCAUGCUUGUCACAAGCUUGACAACAGCAUCAGCAUUUUUCGCAGGAGUAUCUUCCUCCAUCACCGCCAUUAGGUUGUUUGGACUGUUUGCUGGUACAUCCAUCUUGACAAAUUACCUGCUGAUGAUAACAUAUUUCCCAGCUGUUGUGGCUUUGCAUGAGAAGUGGGUGUUGAAGUACGUAGAUGGACAUUCAAGCUUGGAGGGGGUCCCAGCGGAAUCAAGUGAUCCCGAGAAGACUGACUCGGUUCAGAAUGCACCUGUAGCACAGGAUAUGUCACAAGGUAUCGCCGCUAAAUUAGAGGAAAAUAGUGGUGUCAAAGAAAAGAAACAAAGCUUUUGUUUUUUGCAAGUCAUAGACUUUCCAUGUUCUUCGUUAAUAUCAGCCACAAGUUUUUUCAAAACAAUCAGCUCAAAAAUGUUCGAAGAUUGGUUGCCAAAAGCAGUGAUCAAGUUACGUUAUGUAUGGAUUACCCUGUUAGUG